AUGAAGCUGGCAACGACUCUCGCGAGCGCACAAGCCGCCGCGGCCGCAAGUCUCAGCGGCAUCGUGGCGCCAAAGGACUUGGAUGUCACCAGCCAAAUCUCCAUUCGCAACGUAGCUGCAACCGUUGCGUUCGAAGCGAUGAGCAGCUACUCAGGUAACAAGACCGAUCCCAAGUCCAGGGAAUUCGGCAACGUCAGCAAGCCGUACUAUUGGUGGGUAGCCGGUGCUCUCUGGGGCGCCCUGCUCGACUACUACCACUACACCUCCGACCCCAGCUACAACAACGUGGUGCUUCAGGCCCUGCUGGCCCCGACCAACCUCGGCGCCGGCAAGGACUACAUGCCCGCCGAGCACGCCGACGAGGAGGGCAACGAUGACCUGCACUUCUGGGGCGCCGCCGUGCUCUCGGCCGCCGAGCGCAACUUCCCCCAGCCCAACCCCAGCCUCCCGUCCUGGCUCGACAUCUCGGCCAACGUCUUCGACCAGCUCGCCGGCCGCUGGGACACCCAGUUCUGCGGCGGCGGCCUCUUCUGGCAGAUCCUGCCCAGCAACCCCAACGGCAUGAAGUACAAGAACUCGGUCAGCAACGGCGGCUUCUUCCAGCUCGCCGCCCGCAUGGCCCGCGCCACCGGCAACUCCACCUACCUGCAGUGGGCCGACAAGGUCUGGGACUGGAGCGCCGACGUCGGCUUCAUCGACAACGCCACCUACCGCAUCUACGACGGCGCCGGCAUCGACUCGCAGUGCCGGACGGUCAACCGCAAGUCCUUCUCCUACACCACCGGCAUCUACCUCUACGGCGCCGCCAUCAUGGCCGACCACACCGGCGACGACAAGUGGGUCCGCCGCACCCAGCGCCUCCUCGACGAGGCCGCCGCCUACUUCUUCACCGGCAGCGACAACACCACCAUGUGGGAGCCCGCGUGCGAGGCCAGCGACUCGUGCAACUACGACAUGAUCACCUUCAAGGGCUACCUGGCCCGCUACAUGUGGCAGAGCGCCCGGAUCAUGCCCUCCAUCAAGGACAAGGUCCGGAGCCUGCUGGUGCCCACGUCCCGCGCCGCCGCCGCCACCUGCACCGGCGGCGCCAGCGGCCACCAAUGCGGCAUGAAGUGGUACGUUGGCGGCUUCGACGGCGUCGCCACCCUGGGCGGCCAGAUGUGCGCGCUCGAGACCAUCCAGGGCCUCCUGAGCGGGGACGCCCCCGCGCCCCUCGCGGCCAAGGACAUUACAUGGAACAGGAAUGCCACCUUUCAACCCAUCGACACCUACGCCAACCUCGACACGGCAGCCGCCGCUUCGGCCUCGCAAUCCUCUGCCCAGUCGUCUACGCAAUCGCAAUCCUCUACCCAAUCGCCCACCCAAUCGCCCACGGAGGCGCCGAAGCCGGUGCCUACUUCCAGCCAGCCAAAGAAGAAUGGCGCCGCAAAGGCUUCCUUCACGGGCCUGGCCGGAGGCGCGUGGCCACUGCUAAUCGGGGCAACCUUGGCUGCGGCCCUCCUGGGCUGGGCCUAG